ACAUUUCCAGUCAUUUUCCAUAUCGUUCUCUCUUCUUUAUCCAAACCUAAGAAUCCACUCCUAUAUAAAAAACGACGACUUUGUAUCCGCGUGGAUCACAGGCCAGAGAGCGAAAUGAGCACUAAAAAGGCUCGCACAGAGAGCAAAUUCAUGAGAUACAUCAAAGGGCCCGUUAAAAUCCUGGCCCGAGCCCGGGAUUUGUACGUGCGGAGCAUGACCUCCUGCGCCGGCCACGCCGCCGUCGGCGUUCCCAACCUCCAUUUCCAAAGUCUUCCGAGAAGCUUCAGCGCCAACUCAUCCUACUCAGAUCACACUUCCAGAGACGACGAUUUGCGGGAGCUUAUUAGGGUUGCUUCCACUCGCAGGAAGGCCGAGCUCCUCCGCUCGUCGCCGAUGGCUGCAGGCGGCGUGCCGGCCUUUCCUCGCAGCCGCACGGUUACCGUUGGCAGGAUCGAUGAAGAUAAGCCUUGUGAAUUUGGUGGCGACGGCGUCGGAGUGAGGCCGGAAGUUUACCUUAGGAGCAAAACUUAUGCGCCUUCAAGAAGUAGCAUGGUGUGAAUCUAGUAUUAUUUUCUACUACAAUUAGUAUUUUGCAAAAUUGUUGCUUUAAACAUCAUCAAUAUGUUCACCUGUGUAUAUUAAUGUCUCUUUUGUGUUGUGUAUUGAUAAUUGCGAAUUGGACAUAAGUGUGCAACUUUUUUAUUACAUAUACAUAUGAUUGCUAGUUAUAUUUA